UAGAAGUAAUACCCUGCAAGAUCUGUGGGGACAAGUCCUCAGGUAUUCACUAUGGGGUCAUUACCUGCGAAGGUUGCAAGGGGUUCUUCCGCCGCAGCCAGCAGAACAACGCCAUGUACUCGUGUUCCCGCCAGAGAAACUGUCUUAUUGACCGAACCAACCGCAACCGCUGCCAACACUGCAGACUGCAGAAGUGUCUGGCUUUGGGCAUGAGCCGGGAUGCGGUGAAGUUUGGCCGUAUGUCUAAGAAGCAGCGAGACAGCCUGUACUCGGAGGUUCAGAAGCACCAGAAGAACCAAGAGGUUCUGAACCAGGAGGUUGUGAACCAGGGAUGUCUAAACCAGGGUUUGUCCCUGACCAGGGAAGAUGUGGCAGGGGGAGACAGCGAGGGGGACAGGCACAGGGAGCUCAGUCACCCCUACAGCAGCGACGGCUCCAGCUCCACCCUGAGUGACCUGGAUGACAUCCCCGACCUGUUUGACCUGCCCUUGACCCCGGAGGAGGCCCACGAGUACUGCAGCCUGGAGCUGCUGGGAGGCCACGGCGGAAGCACCGGGAACACCUCAAACUCUUCAUCAUCGUCAUCAUCCUCUAACAAUUCGUCCAAUCAGAACUCGCCGCAGCAGAAUCUGCUGGAUGUCACAGACGCCAAUGGAAUCAAACAUGAGUACCAGAUGUUGUCGCACACACAAGCCGCUCUGCUGGAGCCACUGGCCAAUGACUGCACUCUUAUGGAUAUAGAGCGUAUCACCCAGAGUGUGGUCAAGUCCCACUUGGAGACGAGUCAGUACAGUUCUGACGACCUGAAGAGGCUGACAUACAGUGGGAUUCAGUACUCACCUGAGGAGACCCGCAACUUCCAGUGCAAGUCUGAAGAGUUUAUGUGGCAGCAGUGUGCCCACCACAUCACCAAUGCCAUCCAGUACGUGGUGGAGUUUGCCAAACGCAUCACUGGCUUCAUGGACCUGUGUCAGAACGACCAGAUAAUUCUGCUCAAAGCAGGCUGUCUGGAGGUGCUGUUGAUCAGGAUGUGCAGGGCGUUUAACGCUAACACCAACACCAUGUUCUUUGAUGGCAAGUUUGCCUCUGCCCAGCUCUUCAAAGCCCUUGGUUGCGAUGACCUGGUCAGUGCCGUGUUUGACUUGGCGAAAGGACUCUGCCGCCUGCAACUAACCGAUGAGGAAAUGGCUCUGUUCAGCGCCGCUGUCCUUCUGUCCCCAGAACGACCAUGGCUGACCGACAGCCAGAAGGUCCGGAAGCUGCAGGAGAAGCUCUUCCUGGCUCUGCAACACAGUCUGCACAUGAGCGGGGCCUCCGACGAGAAACUAGACCAGAUGGUGUCCAAGCUGCUGCUGAUGAAGUCCAUCUGUAAUCUCCACGUCAACAAGCUGGAGUUCUUCCAUCUGGUUCACCCCGAGACCGCAUACAGCUUCCCACCACUCUAUCGGGAAGUGUUCGGGAGUGAGAUCUCUCUACCCGACUCUACAAACAGCUCCUAGAGAGAAAUAUGGAGUGAAUAUGUUAGAGGCAGGUUAAGAAAAGUGUGGAGAUAUGGAAGCGAAAGGGGAGAUUGAGCGAGGGAUAUAAAUAUUGAACUCAGAAAGAACCAGCAGUUAACUAGACAAUCCAGGACUUAAAAUACUCAGUUUCCCAGCAUGCUGUGGCGUUAUUCCUCCACUAUCCUAGCAGGCCAUGCACCUUACACUACAGACUUCACCUUCAGGGUCCUUUUGUAAAGUAGCACUUUGGACAAACUAAUGGGCAAUAUGCAUAUUCUACAUUGUGAACAUAGAUAAUUUAACAUUAGAACAUCGAUGCUCCCCAACCCCGUCAUGAAUGUACCUCACUGACAACCACCAAUGCACCAGCCAGAACCACACACCAAAUGUACAGUGGGGCAAAAAAGUAUUUAGUCAGCCACCAAUUGUGCAAGUUCUCCCAUUUAAAAAGAUGAGAGAGGACUGUAAUUUUCAUCAUAGGUACACUUCAACUAUGACAGACAAAAUGAGGGAAAAAAAUCCAGAAAAUCACAUUGUAGUAUUUUUAAUUUAUUUAUUUUCAGAUUAUGGUGGAAAAUAAGUAUUUGGUCAAUAAACAAAAGUUUAUCUCAAUACUUUGUUAUAUACCCUUUGUUGGCAAUGACAGAGGUCAAACGUUUUCUGUAAGUCUUCACAAGGUUUUCGCACACUGUUGCUGGUAUUUUGGCCCAGAGCAGUGAUGUUUUGGGGCUGUUGCUGGGCAACACGGACUUUCAACUCCCUCCAAAGAUUUUCUAUGGGGUUGAGAUCUGGAGACUGGCUAGGCCACUCCAGGACCUUGAAAUGCUUCUUACGAAGCCACUCCUUCAUUGCCCGGACGGUGUGUUUGGGGUCAUUGUCAUACUGAAAGACCCAGCCACGUUUCAUCUUCAAUGCCCUUGCUGAUGGAAGGAGGUUUUCACUCAAAAUCUCAUGAAACAUGGCCCCAUUCAUUCUUUCCUUUGCACGGCUCAGUCGUCCUGGUCCCUUUGCAGAAAAACAGCCCCAAAGCAUGAUGUUUCCACCCCCAUGCUUCACAGUCGGUAUGGUGUACUUUGGAUGCAACUCAGCAUUCUUUGUCUCCAAACACGACGAGUUGAGUUUUUACCAAAAAGUCAUAUUUUGGUUUCAUCUGACCAUAUGACAUUCUCUGGAUCAUCCAAAUGCUCUCCAGCAAACUUCAGAUGGGCCUGGACAUGUACUGGCUUAAGCAGGGGGACACGUCUGGCACUGCAGGAUUCCCUGGCGGCGUAGUGUGUUACUGAUGGUAGGCUUUGUUACUUUGGUCCCAGCUCUCUGCAGGUCAUUCACUUGGUCCCCCCGUGUGGUUCUGGGAUUUUUGCUCACCGUUCUUGUGAUCAUUUUGACCCCACGGGGUGAGAUCUUGCGUGGAGCCCCAGAUCGAGGGAGAUUAUCAGUGGUCUUGUAUGUCUUCCAUUUCCUAAUAAUUGCUCCCGCAGUUGAUUUCUUCAAACCAAGCUGCUUACCUAUUGCAGAUUCAGUCUUCCCAGCCUGGUGCAGGUCUACAAUUUUGUUUCUGGUGUCCUUUGACAGCUCUUUGGUCUUGGCCAUAGUGGAGUUUGGAGUGUGACUGUUUGAGGUUGUGGACAGGUGUCUUUUAUACUGAUAACAAGUUCAAACAGGUGCCAUUAAUACAGGUAAUGAGUGGAGGACAGAGGACAGAGUGGAGGACGAGUGGAGAACCUCUUAAAGAAGAAGUUACAGGUCUGUGAGAGCCAGAAAUAUUGCUUGUUUGUAGGUGACCAAAUACUUAUUUUCCACCAUCAUUUGCAAAUAAAUUAAUAAAAAAAUCCUACAAUGUAAUUUUCUGGAUUUUUUUUCUCAUUUUGUCUGUCAUAGUUGAAGUGUACCUAUGAUUAAAAUUACAGGCCUCUCUCAUCUUUUUAAGUGGGAGAACUUGCACAAUUGGUGGCUGACUAAAUACUUUAUUGCCCCACUGUACGUAUUAACACUCUGGGACAGUUUGACUGGUUGAAUUAGAAUCAUUGUAAUGCUAUGGUUCUACUCAACAGACCCAGGGUUCUUUAAUUUAUAGUCCCAAAGACACAGUUCUCAGUGGUACCCAUAUGUAGACUGCAUGUAUGUUGGACAUGUAUGUACUCACCAGCCCUAAGAGACCAAGAUUAUCAUUCAGUUAUUCCUCUGUUACAAAUGAGGAUAUAAACAGGUAUGACAUGCCACACUACUUGGUCAUGGCCUUAUUGGUCAAUUAUUCUUUAUUGAUCGUCUCCCUACAGGUUUAUAGCAAACUCACAAAAUGGUCACACACUUACAGACAUAGGCACUUGUUCUGACAGUGUUUGGUGCUGCCCUUUGCAGACUUAAAAAAUGCAAUGAGAAACCUCAGUCGCUCACCUUCUUCCCAUGAGAGAGAGAGAGAGAGAGAGAGAGAGAGUCCGGUUUCCAUGGCAACACCCACCCCCAUAGCAACCCAAUGGGGUUACGCAAUGUAUGUAAUUUGACCAUUCGGGAGGCUGAACACUCUUUGCAUAGUGAACACUGCCAAGGUAGGCAGCCCAAUCACACGAAGGCAAAGGAGGGUCUCUAGUAGAAUGGCCCAACAUUGUCAAUGAAACGGAUUCUUGCCUCAUGAGACCACGCUGGGUGAAAGAAACAGCAGAAGACAGAACAUAAGAAGAGACUAGGAUACUUUAUGAACUCUGAAUAACAAAGAGACUUGAGGAGAACAGCUCCUCUGUGAGAGUCCCUAACCAGCAACAUCCAGCCAUUAGGAAUAGUCUCCCAUUCACUAAUGCCUUGUCUUUGGGUUACAGUUAAAUUGUCUGUGUGUAAACUCUCUUUACUGGUUGGAUCAACUGUAUUAUUUUUGUACAUUGCUGUUUCCGUGUCAUCUACUCCUCACCAAAUGUCAAAGAUCUUUCCUAUCCAGGAUCCCACUGGGCGAGCACAAGUCUAAGGCUGGACCCAGCUACCCGCCUGAGUUAGACAUCAUUUGUAUAAGGUUUAUGAGUCAGAAAGGGCAUCUCUUAACCCUUUGAGGAGCAUGGACAGACAACAUAUCCUGAUUCUAUUUGUUCUUAUUGAACUGUAAAGUUCCACAACAGAAUACUGAGAAUAAGGUUCUAUGAACUCACUCCACAAAGGGCUAAAAGUGACUCGUAGCCACUCAGGGAGCUAGCUCUGUUCUGUCAUUCUCUCUCUCUACUAGCAGUGUCUUCUACUAGCAGUAUUUUACUCUCACCUUGCAGCUAAGACAAGACCCAUAACCUUGAUCACUGUGUUCGUAAUCUUUGUUUGUGAAUGUUACUCACACAGUGUCAGAGAUCUUUCCCCUUUAUUCUCAAUAUUAUAACACAAUCUGAAUUUUACAAGACACAGUCUAAAAAAUAUACAUAUUUUUAGAGCAUGUUAUUCUUGGGAUUUAAUGUUGCUUUUGUUGUGAGUGUUAUUUCUGUUGGUCUUUGAUCUUUUCCCUCCUGUUAUGUCAUCACAUUUUUGUCUUGUAAAAUAAGUGAUCUAUUUUUUUAAAGAAAACCUUAAAAAAAAACAAGUUUUUUUCCUCUCUAUUCCCCUUAAGACAAAAUGUACAAUAGGUAUAUAGUCAGUCAAAGAGUAAAUAAGUUACUCAGCUCAAUGUAUAUUCUUGUAUGUUGGGAUACUUUACAUGUGCUUUUAAGAAUAUAAUAAAAGUAUUUCUUUUUCUUUUGAA